AUGCAUCACGCCAAGCCCCAUGUUGUUAUAAUUGGAGGAAGUCUUGGAGGAUUGUUUGCAGGCGUUGCUCUCAAGUCUCAUGGCUAUAAUACGACAAUUCUGGAGAGGACUCCGCAAUAUCUCCUGGACAACCAAGGGGCAGGAAUUGUUGCUGGCGGCGAUACGAUCGAGUUCUUCAAACGCUACGAUCGCACGGGAAAACCUGUUGCAGUGCCGAGUUAUAAGCGAAUUUACCUGAACCGGCAAGGGGAAACCAUCUAUGAGAAUGAGCAGAGACAGAAUAUGACUUCGUGGGAUCUUGCGUACUACCUCCUACGAGCAAAUUACGAUCGGGUCGACUCCGCUUACCUCAAAGGUUAUCAGCUACCCGAAGAGCGCGCCUCGGAUGGGACGAUUGAGUACAGAUAUGGCUGCACUGUGACCGAGGUCGUAGACGAAGGUCCACAUGUGCGUGUGAAGUUUAUCAAGAAGAACGAAGAUGGCUCUCAAGUGGAAGAGGAGCUCACGACAGCAUUUCUCGUGGCUGCUGAUGGGCCCAGCUCGACGGUUCGACGCAUGUUCUACCCUGAGAUUGAGCGGAAAUAUGCUGGUUACGUGGUGAUUCGUGGUACAGUCCCGGAGACCCAAGCAUCGCAAUCCGCGUUGGACGUCUUUCGAGAAAGGUUCUGCUUCUAUCACACCGAAGGCAUCCAGAACCUGACAUAUACUAUUGCAGGCGAAAAUGGCAGUACAGAAGUAGGGGAGCGACUGUUGAACUUCGUGUGGUAUUCCAACUUUCCCGAAGGCGAGCCGGAGCUAGAGCAGGUCAUGACGGACAAGGAUGGUCGGCGGCGUCGCAUUACCAUUCCGCCCGGAAUGAUUGAUCCUCAAGCAUGGGAAAUGAUCAAAUCACGAGGCCGCGAUCGACUUCCGCCUCAGAUGGCAGAGAUGGUCGAGAAAGCGACGACGCCUUUUGUGCAAUGCAUCACAGAUGUGGCAUCACCCAAGCCUCUGUACAUGUCUGACAAGGUAUGCUUCGUCGGCGAUGCGCUCUUCGGCUUUCGGCCUCAUACAGUGGCGUCCACUUCACAAGCAGCUUUUGAUGUCAUGAGUAUGGUGGACUGGCUGGAUGGGAAGAUUGACCGGAAGCAGUUUGUGGCUCAAGUGAUGACAUAUGGUCGACUGAUUCAGAGCAGAGGCAUAUCUAUUGGUGACAGGUCGCAGUUCGAAACGCUGCCCAUCGACAGUUACAUCGAGGAUAGGAACUUGAUGAGCAUACCGCGGACGAGUCUUGAGUACCCCGAGUGGACGAAGGAAGGACUUGCCGAGAUGUAG